AUGUUGCGUUGCCCUUUUAAUUUGUCGGCCUUAUUUUCGCAGGUAAACCGGCUGCACACUUUUGAUCUUCAAACUGUUAUACCAGCUGUAUUGAUUUUGGUGUUGAAAUUUCGACCCAGACGACAAGGACGUCCAAGAAGCAGAUGGAUAGACGAAACUAAGAAAGAUCUACAACUGAUGGGGAUUUCGGAACACUGGAGGAGUGUUGCCGAAGACCGCGAUGAGUGUAGAAGAAUUGUUUCGGAAGCCAAGGGCCAUCAUGGCCUUGGUAUAGAGGUUAUGAGAAGAGAAAUAAGAAGUUGA